AUGUCUGAAAAGGGCCCCCUAAUUACAAUUAUAGGGCCCUUUUGGGGGUGCCAUGCACCCCCAGCACCCCCGCUAAUUGCGGCACUGAUUAGAAGCAUUGACCAGAUAAUUACUGAUAAAAUUGCACCGGCUGAUGUAACUUCUAUAGAUGAAGAAAGCGAAGUCGAGGAAGAGGAUGAUACAACACCGAUUCUCCCAGUAGUAAAUGCACUUGAUUAUGUUAAUGAGCUAAGAAGAUUAGUUGCAUCUUUUGACGACGCUGAUGAAUCGUUAAAUCAUCUUAAUAAAAUUGAAAACUUCCUGUAUGCAAAAAACAUAAAAAAUAUGAAACAAAGGAAGAUAGAUGAUUUUUUGAAAUAA